CAGCCCCGCCUCCGCGGCGUCGCCUGCGUGCGUGUGCGCUGCCCGCCGGAGGCUCUUAUAGUGCCGCAGGCGGCGGUUGGCGGCUGGGACGGCGGGGACAUGGCGGCCUCGCUGCUCGUGGUGCUGGCGCUGCUGGGCGUCGAGGCUGGCUUCGGGGCAGGAAGUAGCGUCUGGACGUCCGUAGAUGCCGUCGGCCCCAGGACCCGCCUCACCUGUGCCCUGAACCACAGCACCACAGAGAUCACUGGCCACCGCUGGGUGAAGGGGGGCCGGGUGCUCAAGGAGGACACGCUGCCUGGCCUGAGGACCGAGUACGAGGUGGACCCUGAGGAUGCCUCGGGCAAAUACUCCUGCAUCUUCCUCCCGGAGCACGCGGGCAGGACCAGCAUCGAGGUGAAGGGGCCCCCCAACGUUAAGGCCGUGAAGAAAUCAGAGCAUGCCACCGAGCGGGAAACCGUUGUGCUGAGCUGCAAGUCAGACUCCUUUCCUCCGGUCACGGACUGGGUGUGGUUCAAGAAGACAGACUCCGAGGACCAGGUCAUCACCAACAGCUCCCAGGGCAGGCGCUUCGUGGUGUCGACGGAGGCACAGUCGGAACUGCACCUCCUGGACCUGGACCUGGAAGCCGACCCUGGGCAGUAUGUCUGUAAUGGCACCAACACCGAGGGCACUGGCCAGGCCACCAUCACGCUGCGUGUGCGGCACCGCUUCGCCGCCCUCUGGCCCUUCCUGGGCAUUGUCGCCGAGGUGCUGGUGCUGGUCACAGUCAUCUUCAUCUACGAGAAGCGGAGGAAGCCUGAUGAGGUCCCGGAUGAUGAGGACACGGGCUCCGCUCCGCUGAAGAGCAGCGGGCACCACAUGAACGACAAAGACAAGAGUGUUCGGCAGAGGAACGCCAGCUGAGCGGAGGUGAGGGCGCCAUGGGGCCCCACCCGGUGCCCCUCCCCACAGGUGGGGUCCCCUGGCGACCUCUCUGGGAGCCCCACCGGCCGGUGUUUGCUCGCUCCACGCUCUACCCGGGAGGAGACCCAACCAGUGAAACGGAUCAUUGUGGAUUCAAAUCAUACGUUUUUCUCUCCUUUUUUAGAAAAGCCACACAAGGGUUUUCUAUAUGUAGGAUUCUCUUUCUGAGGGGUUUUGUUUUCCUUUUUAAACAAUUCACGAGCUCCGCAAGGGAGCCCUGAGGUCUGUGUCUGGCCCCUGCUACCCUGCCCGAGCCCGGCUGCCCCUCGGUGUCCCGCCGGCCUUUCCUUCCUUGUGCUCUGUGCUGGGGUGGGGUAUGGAGGCAGCCAUGCCUUCUCCUGAGGCUUUGCAGAAGGGCCCAGGUCUGCUGCAGCCACGUGGCUGCCCCUCAGGAUGGCCGCCAUCGUGCGGGAGUUGUGUUGGCCCCUGUGCUGUCCUGUCUGUCCCCUCCCCACCUGGGCCUGAGGUUCCUCUUCCCUCCACAGCGUCCUCACCCUUCCCACGCCUUCUCCAAUAAAGGCUGACCUGCCUCCUC